AUGGCCUGUUCUAGCCUCAGCGGCCCAGCUGGAUCAUUGAACGCCGGAUUUGCUUUUGGAAUUGCACUAAUUUACAAAUUCGGUAGCACCAAGUUGCAGAAGCGGUUCUUGCCAGACCUGCUUACAGGUAAGAAGCGAGGUUGUGUUGCCAUCACGGAGCCUGAGGCCGGCAGCGAUGUCGCGAAUUUCACCACAACUGCUGUCGAAAGUGACGAUGACUAUGCUACCUUGGCCGUGCGAACCGGUGGACCAGGAGCCGCGGGUCUUUCUGUUUUAGUUGUACCUCUGAGAGGCCAUCCUGGUGUCUCAAUGCGCCGACUCAAAGUCUCUGGUCAUAUCAUAGGCGGGACCACAUACAUUGAGCUCGACAUCGUCAAGGUUCCUGUGUCAAACAUUAUUGGCAAAGAAGGCGACGGCAUGCGCUCUUAUGUUGCUCUUUCUGCUGCUAUCUCGUACUACUUCAAGCGCGAGGCUUUCGGAAAGACACUCAUGGACCAACCUGUGGUCCGCCAUCGUCGAUCUAAGGCAGGCGCUGAGCUUGAAUCUAUGUGGACAUGGAUUGAGCAGAUUUUGUACCAAUUGGUCCAUCACAGUAAAGAAGACGAUCGUCAACUUGGUAGCUUGAUGGCAUUGUCUAAAGCGAAGUCCGCCAUGGUUCUGAACGAGUGUGUCCAAACAGCAGUGUUAUUGUUUGAAGGCAGUGGAUUUACCAAAAGCGGUCCGGGUAAAUUGGUGGAAGGCAUGUUCGCCACAGUACUGGUUGAUGGUUUAAACAAGCUAGCUUCGCCUUUAGCCAUUCUUUGCGAUGUUCCUGGUGCCCGUAUUCCAGGUGACUUAGAAGACAUGCUCCUCGAUCUGUCUGUGCGUCAAUUGGUCAAGCUAUAUCAGGUUGAAGAAAAAAAGCUCUCACAGAGCGCCAAGAUUUGA